AUGAGUGUUCCACUGCUGAAGCUGGGCGCUGUGCUCAGCACCAUGGCAAUGAUCUCAAACUGGAUGUCCCAAAAUCUCCCAUCCCUGGUAGGACUGAACACCACAAGGCUGUCGGCGCCAGAUACCUUAGUAAGUCACUCUGGUGGGUUUGGCCAUCUUCUAUUUAAAACAGUGGGCGUUACCCAGAUUAGCCCCAAAGAAGGGUGGCAAGUGUACAGCUCAGCGCAGGACCCCGAUGGGCGAUGCAUUUGUACUGUGGUCGCUCCAGAACAAAACCUGUGUUCCAGAGAUGCCAAAAGCAGGCAGCUCCGCCAGCUGCUGGAAAAGGUACAGAAUAUGUCCCAGUCUAUAGAAGUCUUAAACUUGAGAACUCAGAGAGAUUUUCAAUAUGUCUUAAAAAUGGAAACCCAAAUGAAAGGACUGAAGGCCAAGUUUCGGCAGAUUGAAGAUGAUCGGAAGACGCUAAUGACCAAGCAUUUUCAAGAGCUGAAAGAGAAAAUGGACGAGCUCCUGCCCCUGAUCCCAGUGCUGGAACAGUACAAAACCGAUGCAAAGCUCAUCACACAGUUCAAAGAGGAAAUUCGCAACCUGUCUUCGGUCCUCACUGGGAUUCAGGAAGAAAUUGGUGCCUAUGACUAUGAAGAACUGCAUCAACGGGUUCUCAGCUUAGAAACCAGGCUUCGUGACUGCAUGAAAAAGCUAACAUGUGGCAAAUUGAUGAAAAUCACAGGCCCCAUUACAGUCAAGACAUCUGGAACACGAUUUGGUGCUUGGAUGACGGAUCCUUUAGCAUCUGAAAAGAAUAACAGAGUCUGGUAUAUGGACAGCUAUACUAACAAUAAAAUAGUUCGUGAAUACAAGUCCAUUGCAGACUUCGUCAGUGGAGCUGAAUCAAGGACAUACAACCUCCCUUUCAAGUGGGCAGGAACUAACCAUGUUGUCUACAAUGGAUCCCUCUAUUUUAACAAAUAUCAGAGUAAUAUCAUCAUCAAAUACAGCUUUGAUUUAGGGAGAGUGCUAGCCCAAAGAAGCCUGGAGUACGCUGGUUUUCACAAUGUGUACCCCUAUACGUGGGGUGGAUUCUCUGACAUUGACUUAAUGGCUGAUGAAAUUGGGCUGUGGGCUGUAUAUGCAACAAACCAGAAUGCAGGCAAUAUUGUCAUCAGCCAGCUUAAUCAAGAUACCUUGGAGGUGAUGAAAAGCUGGAGCACGGGCUAUCCCAAGAGAAGUGCAGGGGAAUCCUUCAUGAUUUGUGGGACUCUGUAUGUCACCAAUUCUCACUUAACAGGAGCCAAAGUGUAUUAUUCCUAUUCCACAAAAACUUCCACAUAUGAGUACACGGACAUCCCCUUCCAUAACCAAUAUUUUCACAUAUCCAUGCUUGACUACAAUGCAAGAGAUAGAGCUCUUUAUGCCUGGAACAAUGGCCACCAGGUCCUGUUCAAUGUUACCCUGUUCCACAUCAUUAAGACUGAAGAUGACACAUAG